AUGACAUAUGGAACAACUUGUUCGUUGUAAAUACGAUGCAGAAGAGUAAUAAGAAGAAAGAAAAGAAAGAGGUGUGGUUUUAUAUUCUAUAAUUUUUCAAUUUUUCGUGUUCAAACUUAUUCACUUACGAUAUUAUUGGAAAAAAAUAAACACCAUAGCAGCGAUUGAUUGAAAAAUUUAACAAUAUGACUACAGACAUUUCGGUAGUGCGCUGGGAUCCCAGUCAGGGGCCUGGCAGCGAAUACAUUGACGAAUACGAAUACGACGGAGGAAAUUCAAGUUCUCGCCUUUUCGAACGUUCUCGCAUUAAAGCUUUAGCCGAGGAACGAGGAAACGUACAAAAGAAGACGUUCACAAAAUGGGUCAACUCACAUUUGGUACGUGUGAAUGGUCGCAUACAGGAUUUGUAUAUUGAUAUGCGUGACGGUAAAAAUUUGAUCAAAUUGUUGGAAGUACUGUCGGGUGAACGUCUUCCAAAGCCGACAAAAGGCAAGAUGAGAAUUCACUGCUUGGAAAAUGUGGACAAAGCGUUGCAAUUUUUACGCGACCAACGAGUGCAUUUGGAAAAUAUCGGUUCGCACGAUAUUGUCGAUGGCAAUGCCAGUUUAAAUUUGGGACUCAUUUGGACGAUCAUUCUUCGGUUCCAAAUUCAGGAUAUUACAAUUGAAGAAGUUGACAACAAGGAAACGAAAUCAGCUAAAGAUGCCCUGCUAUUGUGGUGUCAAAUGAAAACAGCUGGAUAUCAAAAUGUAAAUGUGCGCAAUUUUACAACAUCCUGGAGAGACGGUUUAGCAUUCAAUGCUAUCAUUCACAAACAUCGACCCGAUCUCAUCCAGUUCGACAAAUUGGGUAAAAAUCAUCCCAUGCACAACUUGAACAAUGCCUUCGAUGUGGCAGAAAAAUUGGGCUUGACAAAACUAUUAGAUGCUGAGGACGUGUUCGUUGAACAUCCAGAUGAAAAAUCAAUCAUCACAUACGUCGUCACAUACUAUCACUACUUCAGCAAACUCAAACAAGAAACAGUACAAGGAAAGCGUAUUGGAAAAGUAGUCGGCAUAGCAAUGGAAAAUGAGAAAAUGAUCAACGACUACGAGACAUUUACUAGUGACCUUCUCGGAUGGAUCGAAAGCACAAUCAUCACGUUGGGCGAUCGAACGUUCGCAAACUCAUUAACCGGCGUACAACAGCAGCUAUCGCAAUUCGCAAACUAUCGUACAGUCGAGAAACCACCAAAAUUCGUCGAAAAAGGCAACUUGGAAGUUCUGUUGUUCACACUCCAGUCGAAGAUGCGCUCGAACAACCAGAAACCAUACACGCCGAAAGAGGGACGAAUGAUUUCCGAUAUCAACAAAGCGUGGGAACGAUUGGAGAAAGCCGAACAUGAACGAGAAUUGGCGUUACGCGAGGAGCUUAUACGUCAGGAGAAACUUGAACAGCUUGCAGCUCGUUUCAAUCGAAAGGCAUCGAUGAGAGAGACCUGGCUGUCCGAAAAUCAACGGCUUGUUAGCCAAGACAACUUUGGAUUCGAUUUGGCAGCUGUUGAAGCAGCAGCCAAGAAACACGAAGCCAUUCAAACUGAUAUCCAUGCAUAUGAAGAACGCGUUCAAGCUGUUGUCGCUGUGUCCGAUGAAUUGGACGCGGAACGAUAUCACGACAUUGAACGCAUAUUGGCACGUAAAGAGAAUGUCUUACGAUUGUGGCAAUAUCUGCAAGAGUUAUUGGAGGCUCGCAAGAUGCGUCUAGAACUUUCAUGGCAGCUACAGCAAAACUUCCAAGAGAUGCUCUACAUCUUGGACAAUAUGGAAGAAAUCAAACAACGUUUAUUGACAGACGAUUACGGCAAACAUUUGAUGGGUGUUGAAGAUCUGUUGCAGAAACAUUCUCUGGUAGAAGCCGACAUCAACGUACUGGGCGAACGUGUCAAAACAGUUGUCCAAAAUUCGCAACGAUUUUUGGGUGAAGAAGCCAAUGGUUACCGACCAUGUGAUCCAGCUAUCAUCGUUGACCGUGUCCAACAGCUGGAGGACGCAUAUGCCGAACUCGUCCGAUUGGCCGUUGAACGCAGAUCGCGUUUGGAAGAGAGCCGCAAAUUGUGGCAAUUCUACUGGGACACUUCUGAUGAAGAAAAUUGGAUCAAGGAGAAGGAACAGAUCGUUUCGACCGCCGACAUCGGUCACGAUCUCACCACAAUCAAUCUGUUGCUAUCCAAGCACAAAGCCCUCGAAUCCGACAUUCAAUCGCACGAUCCACAGUUGCAGUCGGUUGCGAAGAUUGGUGACGAACUCAUCAGCGAAGGUCACUUUGGUGCCGAUCGUAUCAAGGAUCGUCUAAAGGAAAUCCUAGCGAAAUGGAAUCACCUUUUGGAUUUAACAAAAUAUCGUCGUCAACGUCUCGAGAAUGCAGUCGAUUACUUCCAAUUGUUUGCUGAUGCUGAUGACAUCGAUCAAUGGAUGUUGGAUUCGUUGCGAUUGGUUUCGUCCGAAGAUGUGGGCAAGGACGAGUCACAUGCUCAAUCCUUGUUGAAAAAGCACAAAGAUGUUUCCGACGAACUUAAGAGCUAUGCUGAAACUAUCGACCAGCUACAUAAACAAGCCGAUGCGCUAACACUCGAUGAAACAGAACAGAAAACCGUGUCUGAUCGUAUUGCAUCGAUCGAUGACCGAUACAAGCAGCUCAUGGAGCUAUCCAAAUUGCGUAAACUUCGCUUAUUGGACGCACUCAGUUUGUAUAAACUCAUGUCGGAGGCCGAUGGCGUUGAGCAAUGGAUUGAUGAAAAAGAGAAAAUGUUGGACACAAUGACGCCUGGAAAGGAUAUCGAAGAUGUUGAAAUAAUGAAACAUCGUUACGAUGGUUUCGAUAAGGAAAUGAAUGCAAACGCAUCCAGAGUCGAUAUUGUCAACCAAUUGGCCCACCAAUUGUUGAACCAAUUCACCAGUGUUGACCAUCCGAAUGCUGAACAAAUUAUCACUCGUCAGAAUCAUCUCAAUCAAGAAUGGUCACGAUUACGCGACAAGGCAGACACGAAGAGAGAUCAACUCAACUCGGCACAUGGUGUGCAGACCUUCUACAUUGAAUGCCGUGAAACAAUUUCAUGGAUCGAAGACAAGAAACGUAUUUUGACCGAAACCGACAAUCUACAAAUGGAUUUGACCGGUGUCAUGACUCUACAACGUAGACUCAGCGGUAUGGAACGUGAUUUGGCAGCUAUUCAAGCUAAACUUACCGCAUUGGAAAAGGAAGCCGAUGCCAUUGAAGGUGAACAUCCUGAAGAGGCUGCACUGAUUCGUGAACGCAUCGCACAGAUUACCGUCAUUUGGGAACAAUUGACCAAUAUGUUGAAGGACCGUGAUUCCAAAUUGGAGGAACGCGGUGACUUGCAUCGAUUCUUACGUGAUUUGGAUCAUUUCCAGACCUGGUUGACUAAAACUCAAACCGAUGUCGCAUCGGAAGAUCCGCCAGCUUCGCUUCCAGAAGCCGAGAAGUUACUCAAUCAACAUCAAACCAUUCGCGAAGAGAUCGACAAUUACACCGAAGAUUAUCAGAACAUGAUGGAAUAUGGUGAGACAUUGACUUCCGAUCCAGAAAAUAAUGAUCCGCAAUACAUGUUCUUGAGAGAACGUUUGAAUGCAUUGAAAGACGGCUGGGAAGAGCUACACCAAAUGUGGGAAAAUCGUCAAGAGCUGUUGUCGCAAAGUUUGGAUCAACAAUUGUUCAACCGUGACUCGAGACAAGCAGAAGUUUUGCUUAGUCAACAGGAACAUUUCCUUAGCAAGGACGACACACCAGUCAAUCUUGAACAGGCUGAAAAUCAACUUAAACGCCACGAAGCCUUCCUCACUACAAUGGAUGCUAAUGACGAUAAGAUUAAUAGCAUUGUCCACGUAGCCGACGCUUUAGUCGAUAAGAAGCACUACGAUGCUGAUAGAAUUCGCAAACGCGCUGACAACAUUGCCGAACGUCGUGAUGGUAACCAGAAUCGUGCUAAAGAGCAACAAGAGAAAUUGAUGAAUCAAGUAAAAUUGCACGAAUUCUUGCAAGACUUGGAAGAACUCACCGAAUGGGUGUCCGAAAAAUAUAUUAUUUCCCAAGAUGACACCUACCGCAGUGCGAAGACCAUUCACUCGAAGUGGACACGUCAUCAAGCCUUCGAAGCUGAAAUCGCUGCCAACAAAGAGCGAUUAUUCGAAGCUGAAAAGGCAGCCCAGGGACUAAUGACAGAAAAGCCAGAAUUCAAGGAAAUUAUCGAGCCGAAACUGAAGGACCUUUCAAAAUCGUUUGAAGAUUUGGAAACAUUCACGAAAGACAAGGGAGCUCAAUUGUUCGAUGCUAAUCGCGAAGUCUUGGUUCAACAAACCUGCGAUGAUAUCGACUCUUACAUCACUGAUCUAGAGAAGCAGAUCAUUAACACCGAUACCGGCAAUGACUUGACAUCAGUCAACAUUCUCAUGCAGAAGCAACAAGUAAUUCAAACUCAAAUGGCACUCAAAGCAAGACAAGUCGAAGAAAUGGAUAAGCAGACUCAAUAUUUACAAAAGACCAUCCCAUUGGAACAGGUCGAACCGAUUGUUACAAAGAAGGUCGCCGUUACCGAACGGUUUGAGAAGAUCAAGGCUCCGCUCGUGGAACGCCAGAAACAACUCGAGAAGAAGAAAGAAGCCUUCCAAUUCGGACGUGACGUUGAAGAAGAAAAAUUGUGGAUCGAUGAAAAAAUGCCGUUAGCCACAUCGGACGAUUGUGGUAACUCAUUGUUCAAUGUCAACGUAUUGAAGAAGAAGAACCAAUCCUUGGCUACUGAAAUCGAAAAUCACGAACCAAGAAUAAUGGCCAUCUGCAACAACGGACAAAAGUUGAUCGACGAAGGCCACGAAGAUUCACCACAAUUUGUCGAGCGAAUCAAGGAGCUCACACAGAAAUGGCAAGAACUCAAAGAUGCCAUCGAAAAUAGACGUAAGAAUCUAGACCAAUCCGAACGUGUUCAGCAAUACUUUUUCGAUGCCGCUGAAGCGGAAUCAUGGAUGAGCGAACAAGAAUUGUACAUGAUGGUUGAGGAUCGUGGCAAGGACGAGACAACCGCACAAAACUUGAUGAAAAAACAUGAGACCUUGGAGCAACUGGUUGAAGAUUAUGCAAAUACCAUUCGCCAGUUAGGUGACACUGCCAGACAAUUGACUUUAGAACAAAUUUCGCACGGUGAUGCUGUUUCAGUUAAACAAUCUCAGCUUGAUAAAUUGUAUGCAGGUCUCAAAGACUUGGCUGGAGAGCGACGAGCUCGUUUAGACGAAGCCCUUCAAUUGUUUAUGCUUAACCGUGAGGUGGACGAUUUGGAACAAUGGAUCGCAGAACGUGAACUUGUUGCCGGUUCACAUGAAUUAGGACAAGAUUAUGACCAUGUUACAUUGUUGUGGGAACGAUUCAAAGAAUUUGCAAAGGAUACAGCUACCGUUGGUGGUGAACGUGUUGCCCGUGCUAACGGCAUUGCUGAUGAUUUAAUUCAUGCUGGUCAUUCGGACAGCGCCACAAUUGCAGAAUGGAAGGAUGGCUUAAAUGAGUCGUGGCAAGAUUUGUUGGAACUCAUUGACACUAGAACACAGAUGUUGGCCGCUUCGAGAGAAUUACAUCGAUUCUUCCACGAUUGCAAAGAUGUUCUCAGCCGAAUCCUUGAGAAGCAACACGGUGUUUCCGACGAACUUGGCCGUGAUGCUGGUUCCGUUUCAGCACUGCAGCGUAAACACCACAAUUUCAUUCAAGAUUUAACUACACUUUACUCCCAAGUUCAACUCAUUCAAGAGGAAUCGGCUAAAUUGCAAGCAUCUUAUGCCGGCGACAGAGCCCGUGAAAUAACAAAUCGUGAACAGGAAGUGCUACAGGCUUGGAUGAACUUGCAAGCAAUGUGCGACACACGCAAAACAAAAUUGUCCGAUACCGGCGAUCUGUUCAAAUUCUUCAACAUGGUCCGUACAUUGAUGCUAUGGAUGGACGACGUAGUUCGUCAAAUGAAUACUUCAGAAAAACCACGUGAUGUGUCAGGCGUUGAACUUCUCAUGAAUAACCAUCAAAGCUUAAAGGCAGAAAUCGACACUCGCGAAGACAAUUUCUCGACCUGUUUGACAUUGGGCAAAGAGCUGUUGGCCAGAAAUCACUAUGCAACAACCGAAAUCAAGGAUCGUCUAUUACAACUGACCAAUACUAGAAACGCAUUGCUUCAUCGUUGGGAAGAGCGUUGGGAGAAUUUACAAUUGAUUCUCGAAGUCUAUCAAUUUGCUCGCGAUGCUGCUGUUGCCGAAGCCUGGCUUAUCGCCCAAGAACCAUAUUUAAUGUCAACGGAAUUGGGUCACACAAUCGAUGAAGUUGAAAAUCUGAUCAAGAAACACGAAGCCUUUGAGAAGUCCGCUGCCGCGCAAGAGGAAAGAUUUAGCGCUUUGCAACGAUUAACUACGUUUGAGCUCAAAGAAAUGAAACGACGACAAGACGCUGCCGAGGAAGUCGAACGAAAACGUCUACAAGCCGAAAAUGAAGCAAAGGCUGCCGCCGAAGCCCAAGCCGAAGCUGCUCGACGAGCUGAAUCGAAAGAUUCAGCCGAUGCAUCGUCACCGCACCGGGAACACGAAGCAGUCACAAUGAGAGCUGCUUCACCUAUAGCUGAGAGACCUAUCUCUCAAACAGAGCAUGAACCAAAACCUAUACCUGCCAAAAGGCAGUCAAUCGAACCGGUGCGCCAAAGUAUUUCGCCCAAACAAGGAAGUGCAACCCCACCGAGUGGUUCCGACCGACGCUCUAUACCAAUGUCACCAACAACACCAUCAAAUACUGGAUCAUUAAAAAUUGGUAGGCCACGAUCUCGAUCAAAGAGUCCAUUCCGUAGUUUCCGAUGGAAACGCGGCUCUACGUCACGUGCUGCUGAUUCUGACGAUGAAGCAGAUCGGCCGAGCUCUGGUGGAGAUGCUGAUGUUGAAGGUACACUUACACGUAAACACGAAUGGGAACACACAACAAAGAAAGCAUCGAACCGAUCAUGGGAUAAGGUUUAUGUUGUUGCACGCGGUGCCCGUUUGACAUUCUACAAAGAUCAAAAAGCCAGUAAAGCUGUCCCAGAGUCCACGUUCCGUGGCGAGCCACCAUUGAUAUUAGAAGGUGCAUCGGUCGAUGUAGCAACAGAUUACACGAAAAAGAAGCAUGUGUUUAGAAUCAAGUUAUCGAACGGAGCCGAAUUCUUAUUGCAAGCGCAUGAUGAUUCUGAAAUGAAUCAAUGGGUGGGAGCAUUACAAGCACAGUGUCAAACUGGCGGCGGUGGCGGCAGCAGAUCGAUGACCCUACCUGCUUCAUCACAAAAGGAUGAGACCAAAAGGAAGUCGUUCUUUACGCUAAAGAAAAAUUAAAAAAAAUUAUAAAAAAAUAAAAAAAAGAAAAAAAAAACAGAAACCAACACCCUAAAAUCCUAAAAGUUAAAAAAAUUUAAUUAAUUUCAUAAGAGAAACAAAAAUCUUUUCAAAUCACAACAAAAAUUAUAUAAAAAAAAAUAUUUGUAAUUAAUUUCUAAGAGAGAGAGAGAGAGAGAGGAAAAUGUCCGAUCAAUCGGACCAAACAAAAGGCAGAUGUUUUAAUUUUAAUGCAUUGUGACACACAAACACGCCACGCAGAAAAGUUCAGAUAUUUGAAAGAGAAAAAAAUUUACGAAACACAAACAAAGAACAUAAAUGGAACGUUAAAUGGACGGUUUAGCUUAUGCAAUUUUUUGCGAAUUUAUAAAAAAUUGCUUUAAGGUAUCGCAGUUGAAAAUGUUUGAAAAAGAACCAAUGUAAGAGAAAGAAAAAAAUUGAUGAAAUUUCAAUUGAUUUGUUCAAGUAAAUUACACAAAAGAACGACAUAGAAUUCUCAAUGCAUAACCAUCCGUGUUCGUUCGUGUCCCGAAUAUAUCAAACUCAGGUCUUUUUAAACAAAGUGUUCGAAUUAGCAAAAACACAAACGGUAGUUACAUGAAGUACAAUUUCACCCAAACAAUAUUCCCAAUACACCAAUCCUUCGACGAAUGCAAAAACAUUCAUUUUUCAUCUCGUUUAAAACUCUCAUUUAAAACCGGAAUCAAUUUAUUAUCAACCGGAGUUUCGAGUUGAUACUGCUCGUGAAAAUUGUGAUAGUAACUAGUAAAUGAUUCGAGACACGCGAACAACUCACAAUGUAUAUGGAUCGGUGUCUUUUAUUUUAAAUAUUUUAAUAUCGUACAGAUCAACCGGAUCACCCAUAUAAAAUAGGAAAUCGAUCGUCUAGAAAAUGAAUAACGGGAAUUUAUGUUGGAAUUCGGUUGGAUGUUGGAAUUUUCUCUCUUGGUGAAAGAUUUUUCUUCAAUAAAGUGAAGAGAAAAUUCAGUGGUUAAGACGCCAGGAGAAUAAUGUGCACAGAGAUAAAAUCGAAAGAACAAAACGAAGGAUGAAUUUGCUAUGAUUUCGUUUAAUUAGGUAGAUUUUAUUGGCACCAUUUUUUUUUCGUCUGAAAAAGAAAACAUUUUUUUCUCGUACAUUGCGUAAAAUUAAAAUUUUUACCUUUUCACAACACAAAGAACACAUUUUUCAAUUUUAUAAAAAUCUUCUCCGAUUUCCUUUUAUUUCGUUUCCUUACAUUUUAUUGUAACUCGGUAAAAAUGCUUUUAUUCUGCAAAUAUGUCAGCUAAAAAUGAAUACAUAUUCAAAUCCCGGUAAUUAAAUUUAAAAAAAUAAUAAAAAAAAUUCAAAAAACAAAAAGUUAAAAAAAUAUGAAAUUUUGAAACAAAAUUAUUUGACUUUAAAAAAGGAAUCAUUGAAAACUUGUUUUUAUUUUUCUAACGCUAAAAAUUUAAUAUUUUUAAGAUACGUAAGUUAAUAAGAGGAAAAUAAUUAAAAAAAAUUUUUUGACUUAGUGUUCAAACAAAACAAAACAAAAAAAAUAUGAAAUGAAAAAUGGAAAACAAAAAAGUAAAUGUUUUAAAAAUAAUAUAUUUUAUUAAAAUAAUAAAUUAAGUAGAUAAAAAACCAACACAAAAAAACUACCAUCACAUGUACCGGACUUGGAUUUCGACUCGCCGCUAUUAAUUGCAAUAAAAAAAAACUUUUUGAUUCUAAACAAUGUGAUGAAAAAUUAUUGGCACAGGGCGCCACCAGUUUUUUUAUUAUUUUUAUUUUUUAUUUAAAAAAUAUUUCUAAGUCAACAGCAUUAAUAUAGAAGAUAUUCUCUACGCGCAAUAUAAAUUUAACUGAAUUGAACUGAUUUUAGUUUUAACUUGUAAAAGGAAAGAAUUUAAAAAAAGAAAGAAAAAAAACAUUCCAGUCGAACUCUCCUCCUACCAGUUUUUUGUUUCGCUUCUCUUAUAAAACGAAAUUUUUAUUAUUAUUUUUUGAUGAUAAAUCAAUUUUAGUCAUUUUUUAUUGGUGGGUUAAAAUUAAACAAAAAUAAAAUUUUGGAAUGUGUUUGAUGUGAAAGUUUAUUAACUAUAAAUAUUCCGACACGACUUCUAUUUUCCGCAGUGAUUUGAUGUCCGAAACGGAAUUACAUGAUUGAUGUCACAAAUAUUCGCAGCUAAAUCCAGUGUGUCCAAUCCGACCAAAGUCCAGGUCUGUGUACAGAAGAGGAUUUAUCGUUUCGAAAUUAUUUAUUUCUUAUUAUUACUUUGUAGUAUUUUUUUUUCUUUACUUUUGUUUUCUUUGAGAUAUAAAAAACCAAUUAAAUUGCCAAUUUAUAAAAUGCAAACAAAAACUUUGAAAUGAAUUAAAAUAAUUUUUAAUUUUUAAUUAGCAUCAUAUUGUAUGGAUUUCAAUUAUACAUAUUCAUCGAAAAUAAAUAACUGUAAUGAUUUUUCUGCCAGGCUGCUAAGUAAAUAAAAAAUUUAAAAUAAAAUAAAAAAAAAUUAAAAAAUUAAAUUAUCUUUAAAAAAAAUCUACAAAAAAAGUCUAAUUAACAAAACAUUGAUUGCGUAUAAUUAAUUUAUAGAUUGUUGUUUGGCUUUAAAGAAGAGAA